AUUUAUUUAUUUCAAAAUGCAUAAAGUGUAUUAAAUGUAAAAUUUUAAUUAGUGUGUUUAAAAGUGUAGAAUUCGAUAUUAUUUGCAAUAAUAACACAUUAAAGAACUCAAAAUGUUAUGCCCUUUAUUGAAAAUUCAAAGACAUUUGUUGAUUGGUACUUCUCAUCUGCAAUUUGCACAAAUAACCGCCAAUAAGACGUACACUUCGACAGCGAAUGGUCAAACGCAGAGGGGACAGACACAUUCAGCUAGCACACAAAAGGAAAUUGAUCAUCAUGCAAACUUAUCAGCCAACUGGUGGAAUUUAAAUGGGCCAAUGCAAAGUCUACAUAAACUUAACGAACUGCGAGUGCCUUUUAUACGUGACGGUAUUGUAGCACGCGGCAAUGUAGAUGCUGCAUUAGUAAACACCACUAAAGUCUUACAGAAUCAGUCCAUAUUAGAAGUGGGUUGUGGUGGCGGUAUUUUAACAGAGGCAUUAGCACGCCUUAGUGCAAAUGUUACGGGUGUGGACUUGGGUGAAGACGUCAUAAAAACAGCAAGGGAACAUUUAGAGAAUCAUAGUACAGAUUUGAAGAAUAAUGUAAAUUACAAAAUAGAGCCCAUUGAGGUACAUGCAAAAACAAAUUUGAACCAUUACGAUGCAGUAGUGUGCUCAGAGGUGUUGGAACACAUUGAUGAUAAAGCAGGAUUCUUAACACAUUGUGUGCAGACAUUGAAGCCAGGAGGCUCAAUAUUCAUUACCACCAUGAACAAAACUAUUCCACUAUGGAUAGGCGGAAUUUUUCUGGCAGAAUAUGUAUUUGGUAUCGCACCGAAAAACACUCAUCACUGGGAAAAAUUAGCCACACCGUUAGAUGUGCAACGUAUACUAUCUGCAUUGAAUUGUCAAACUGUACUGACAAAUGGCUUCACAUAUGAUGUUAUUCGUAGACGCUGGCGAUGGAUUAAUUCAAACAUAAUGUGCUACGCCAUACAAGCUGUUAAAACUGAGUAAAUUACUGACAAAUUAUUUACUUUAUCUUUAUGAUGUUUGAAAAACGAAAUAUAUUUAAAAUAAAAACAAAGUACUAAUUAAUGUAUACAAAA